GAAAACCAAAGAACUUUGUUCCGUUGAUAAUUGGUGAUGACGCACGUGAUAUAUUCCGAGGGACCCCUUCGCGAACAGUCCAUACGAUUCACCAGACUGCUGACACACGACGUAUUGAUGAAUGUAUGCUGUGUCGAUCAUCUUCCAGAAUACUCCACACCUAAAGUCGGCUACCAGGACUCGAAUUGACAUCCGAGCGAAGACCUCAGAUCCUCUGGAACACCAGUCGUCCAUUGAACAAUAUGAAAUUGGCUCGGAGUUUGGUGGCUGAACCCAGGUAUGUCUACCACACGUGCAACAAUGGCGCGCCUCUUUUCUCCAUUCCCUACCACAGAGAUCCUUGAAGUCAUCGAUAUCAAUCCACCAACCAGCAAUCAUUCAGUCCCCUUCGUAGACCCGACCCAACCCACCAUCUAAUAAGACAAUGCGAUUGGCCAAAGUCAUCUUGUAUGAUGUCUUUCGAUUUUAUAGAAAGAUCGAUCAUGGGGAUCGUGUACACGUAUUUGUUUCAGGGGGGUCAUGGUUUAGGGUUCAGGUAUUUCUACUACUCGUUUCCCACGCUGUUGUUUCCAUGUCCGGUUACGAUCAAGGUAUGUGUGUAUGAACUACCGUGUCCAAUAAAGUCAAUGGGAACCUUUGUACCUCGGACGACGCAGAACGGCCAAGUACUGGGGCGGAGACGGGGGCGACUUUAACUCUUCCUUGGAGUCCUACCUAUUCCCAUAUUCUUCUCCUCCCACCCCAAUUACUACUCAUAUGUGUAUGUAGUGGAGAAAUCAC